AUGAAUAUAGACUCCGAACUAAUCCAAUGGAAUGGUCCGGGUUACCCCAUAAAUUGUUUCCAACAAAUUCGCUGCCACCGUGGUGGGGAAUUGGAAGCAGGCAAUAAGCCAAAGGACUUGGGCUGUAGCCUACAACACCAUAGUCCUAUGAUAGACACGCGUCUUUCAGAGGAAUGGAAGGUUCACAUAGAGUGGAGUCCCAAGCCUCAUGUGGUCUUCGGAAAACCAACUGUUGCUUCCAGGGAAAAAACCAUUCGAGUCGCUUGA